AUGACCCAAACAUUAGAUGUUGCAGAAAAUUCAUGGUAUUUAUUCAACAUUAAACAAGCUGGAUUUUAUCGUGUUCAUUAUGCCGACAAUAACUGGGAACUAUUGACAGAACAGUUGUAUAAAGAUCACCGUGCUAUUCCACUUCAUUCACGAACACAAAUUUUGGAUGACUUAUUCAACUUAGCAAAUCGUGCUACUGUUUCAUACGACGUCUACUUAAAUCUGACAAAAUAUUUGAAAAAAGAAGAUCAGUAUGUUGUAUGGGAAACGACUCGACGAGCACUAUCUUAUUUAGACCGUAUGCUUGCCAUGGACGAGAGUUAUGGAGCUUUUCAAGCAUAUUUGCGUACGCUUGUAGAUGAUCCUAUUAAAUCAGUCGACUGGACAACAAUGAAAGAAGAUAAACAUCAUAUGAAGCAUAUGUUGCGCCUGACAUUAACUCGUCUAGCAUGUCAAGCUGAACAUCAUUCAUGCGUUAAAAUGGCUACAGAAUAUUACAGAAAUUGGAUGCUUAAUCCUUCACAAAAUUUGAUCCCACCAAGUUUGAGGCCAGCUGUUUAUUGCACAGCAAUUAGAAUCGGUGGACAAAAAGAAUGGGAGUUCCUAAAACAACGUUUAUUAGAAGUGGAUAUCAAAGAGGAUGAGAAAAAUAGUAUUUUACAAGCGUUGUCUUGUUCUCGUGAUAUGUGGAUAGUAAGACUCGCUUCAUCUGAUGAUCUCAAUGACAUUUGCAAGUAUCACCAAACCGCAAACUCUGGGCGUAAUAAUGAGUGUGUACUAACUGUAAUUCUUAAAAUACUAUCCAAACGUCAUUACACACUGAAUAACAUACCGGAUCAAGAAGAAGUACUUGCCAUGCAAAAUUCUGGACAAAAACUACUUGAAAAUCAUGUUCUGAAACGUGGAUUAAAUGAUUUGUUUAAAAGGUCGAAGGAAAACAUGAAAUGGACAAAAACUCAUCGUGAUGUUAUCAGUAAUUGGUUAAAUAAAAAUGUUCCCAAUACAAUCACAUUACUUUGA